AUGGAAAUCCAUUUGCCUUCCUGUUUUAUUUUGAUCUUUUACUUGUUUACCUUCCUUUUCCGAGUCCAAACAACCAUAGAUCGAACAAGCUUCACUUUGCCAGAUAUGCAAGAUACGAAAGACAUCAGGUUCGAGGGAGACGCUUACGCAGCAAGCGGAGUCAUUGAACUCACACUAUCUAACGACACCAUAACUGACCAAAGCGUUGGUCGAGCCACUUAUGUCAAGCCAAUGCACUUGUGGGACAAUACCUCUGGGAAUCUUGUAGUUGCAGACUUCUCUACACACUUUUCCAUGGCUAUUAACUCCGAAGGUUGUAAGUAUAUUAAAGGUUAUGGAUUAACAUUUUUCCUUUCUUCCAACGAAUCGGUACUCCUGCCUGAAUCCGGUGGUGGAAAACUUGGUCUUGUCAGCUACAAUACCAACGAGAAUCCUAACUUUGUUGCUGUGGAAUUUGACACGUUUCAAGAUGAUGUCGACCCAAAACAUAUUGAUGAUCAUAUUGGUAUUGAUCUCAACCGAUUGUCUUCUGAAAAAUACCUGGAAUGGCCGAGGAAUGAUAUUCCUAUUGGAGGAAGAGUUAAUGUUUCAAUUUAUUAUGAAGCUAGCUCAAAAAACCUAAGUGUUAGUGUUAGAAAUGGUCACUCUGAAACAAACACGAGUAUUGAGUAUAGUCUUAGUUGCCCGGUAGACUUACAGCAAUACUUACCCGCAUGGGUUAGAUUUGGGUUCUCAGCAGCCACCUCACUGACUAUUUUUGAAACAAACCAGAUUUACUCAUGGGAUUUUAGCUCAACCUUGUCACUUCCUGAAAGUGUAGCCCAUCCGCCUAGUCCACAAGUGACUACACCGACUUCUGUAACCCCUUCUACAGAAGUAGGAAUGCCAAUCUCUGGAAAGAGAGAGAGUAAAACAUGGUUAUGGGGUCUCUUGGGUAUUGGUGGGCUGGUUUUGGUUUUAGGUUUGGUUUGGUUUGGAUUCUGGAUGAAGAGGACAAAACAAAGAGAAGGAAGGCGUAAGGGAACAGGUGAAGACUUUGAGAUGGAGAUCGUACCAAGGAGCUCAAGUGAAACUUUUCAGAGGGAGAUCGGACCAAGGAGAUUUUCCUACAAGGAAUUAGAAGUUGCAACUAAUAACUUUGCACAUGACCAGUUGCUUGGAAAGGGAGGGUUUGGAAUUGUUUAUAUGGGUUUGUUAAGUGACGGGAAUUCUCGUGUUGCUGUGAAAAGGAUAACUUCAGAUUCGCAACAAGGGCUGAAAGAGUAUACAACGGAAGUGAAAACCAUUAGCCGAUUGAGGCAUAGGAACUUGGUCCAACUUAUUGGCUGCUGCCAUAAAGCUCAAGAACUCCUCAUUGUUUAUGAAUAUAUGCCAAAUAAGAGCCUGGAUGUCCAUCUUUUCAAUAAAAAAUAUUUGUUGACAUGGGAGAAGAGGUACGGCAUAGCUUUGGGCUUGGCCUCUGCUCUGCUUUACCUGCAAGAAGAAUGCGAACGGUGCGUGCUGCACCGUGAUAUCAAGUCAAGCAAUGUCUUGCUGGAUUCUAAUUUCAAUGCUAAGCUUGGUGAUUUUGGACUGGCUAGACUUGUCGAACACGGCCAGAGGACAGACACCACGAAGUUGAUUGGGACUGAUGGGUACGUAGCGCCGGAGUAUCUUCAAAGCAGAAAGGCUACCAAGGAAUCAGACGUCUACAGCUUUGGCAUAGUUGCUUUGGAAAUAGCAAGCGGAAGGCCUGCUUUCAAAGAAGUUGAUGAUGGAAAUGUUAUGACAAAUAGGAUGAAAUUGGUGGACUGGGUUUGGGAGCAAUAUCGAAGUGGAAAUAUUUUUGCUGCAGUUGACCCACAAUUAAUCCAAAAUUAUUACAAGGAAGAGAUGGAAAGAUUGAUUGUUGUUGGGCUCGCUUGUGCUCAUCCAAAUUAUGCAGAUCGUCCAUCAAUUAGGGAAGCAAACGAAAUAUUACUAAAAAAUAAAGCUCCAUCAGAUGUUUUGUCCUCAAAAUUUGCCUCCUAUCAAGCUUACAUGAAUACAUUCUCCGGAUCUCCACCAUUUGCAUGCAACACUGGCACUAGUGUCAACAGCCAGUCCUCAGCCACUGCUUCAACUUCUAAUUAAUUAUAGGUGUGUUUGGUUUUCCAGAUUAUUAAGAACUAUGAUAGGUUGGAAAUAUAAAUUUAAAUAUCAUAAAUAUAGAUAUGUA